AUGUCGCAAAAAAUACCUGUCGCGGAAGCCAUCUCACCUAAGCCUCUUGCUGUAAGUGAUGGGAUUUCUCUUCUGCCUGGAGACGAUAUACCUGGGUCAUCCAGUCUACUGUUGCCCUCUUGUUCUGGCAACCACCCCGAGCGCACUACAGAGCACGUAUCUGAAUGCGAAGACAUAAACCCGUGGGUAGAGGGGAGAGGUAAACGCCAUGACAGGAUUCUGCAGUCACAGCCAGCCCUGAUGGGUUGCUCGGGACAGUCGGUAGACAGUAAAAGUGUGCGUUCAAGCGAUGACUCCGUAAAUCGUCCUCGCCCACAUGCAGCGCAUUCACCGGAAAGACAGGGUAAGGAGGACCCUGCACGCCAGCAGUGUCUGGUUAUUCAGGGUUUGUCAGAAUCGAAUGCAGUCAGACCUGAAGACCGUGUCUCAGAGGACCUUGCUUCUUUUCAUGGUCUGCUAAACCAUUUACUGCCGGCAGACAUGGAAAUAAAGGUUCUGAAAGCAUUCCGGAUAGGAAAAAGGAGUGAAGACAGGACAAUAGAACAACCACCUCGCCCUCUCAAAAUUAUGCUGGAGAACAAAGAGCAAAUCAAGUUUAUCCUCUCUAAAAAACCGAUCUCAGAAACACACACAAACAGGUUUAUUUUCAACCGGACUAUUCGCCAGCGGAACGGUUGAAACGCCGGGAACUUGUCUUGGAGUUAAAAUCAAGACUGAAGGAUGGCGAACACAAUCUGGCUAUCUUCAAGGGGAAGGUAUUUCGGGAAUAUAUGCCGUUUCAGUGGAACCAGCCUGUAAUACUACGAACGACGACAUCUACUCAGCUAAAACAGACACCUUCGUUGAACCACCUGACCAAGGCGCCAACACAAGUGAGCCCGUAGCCUCCAGUGAUCUGACUGAAACAAGGCAUGUAAAUGAAACCAAUCAGGUAACGGAAGAGCCUAGAGAACACGACGUCCGCGAUAACGGAGUAAUGCUCACAGCAGUAACAAAUGCAACGGGAAAUUCGGCUGGGGCUAAACUGAGGUGCUUGUACACGAAUGCCCAAAGCCUCAUAUCGAAACUAGACGAGCUAAAAUUUUGACUUGUUGAGCUGUCUCCAGAUUUUUUAGCAGUAACUGAGACCUGGCUGUCCGGAAAUAUUAGCGAUAAAGAAGUAGCCUUGCCUGGAUACCAAAUUUAUCGGAGGAACAGUGAACAUCGUCAGGGUGGUGGUAUCGUUGUGUAUGUGAAUGAAGGUCUGACAGUGUCGGAUAUCACCACAAAGAUUGCGUGCAGUACGGAAGCUAUCUGGUUGACCAUUAAGGCUACCGGUUCCCCGUGUCUCGAUGUCCUCACUGUCUACCGACCACCUAGGACAGACCUAAUCGCCGAUACUCAACUAUUGGAGCAGUUGGAGAAAUUUUCCAGUCGACUUAACAUCAUGAUCAUGGGCGACUUCCCUUUUUACUUCUAUUCCCCAGGACCUGGCGAUCGAGACAAUUAAACUGCUACUACAAAGCAAAUACCAUGAAACGGAGAACCGUCUUGAACACGCCCAAAUCCUUCAGCUCCUGAAGCUCUGUCUCAGGACGUACUUCACGUUCGACGGGUCAAUCUACGAACAGGUGAAGGGCACACCACUGGGUUCGCCGAUUUCGGGAUUCAUCGCCGAGGCGGUCCUGCAACGGUUAGAGUCGCUGGUCUUCCAACACCACAGACCGAAAUUCUGGGCCCGGUAUGUGGAUGAUACCUUCGUCGUCACCGAACGGGAUCAGGUGUUGACAUUCCAAGAACAUCUCAACGCCGUCUUCCCAGACAUUCAAUUUACGAGGGAGGAGGAAGAGAACAACCAACUGGCCUUCCUGGAUGUCCUCGUAUGCCGCAAGGAUUGUGGUGGACUAAAGACCAAAGUGUUCAGGAAAGCGACAAAUACGAUGCAAGUACUGAACUUCAACAGUAACCACCCAAUCAGCCACAAACGCAGUUGUGUAAGGACGCUCUAUCGGCGUGUUGAAACGCACUGCAGUGAGCCGGAAGACAAAAUUGCUGAACUACAAUACCUCCGACGGGUCUUCAAAGCCAAUGGCUACCCGCGCAACUUUGUCGACCGGUGCAUACGCAAAAGGGACGAAAGGCCUUACCGCACGGACAACAAGUCUUGGCGGGCACUUCCGUAUGUCAAGAACGUUUCGGAAGCUGUCGGCCGCCUUCUCGCACCACUUGGGGUUGGAGUGGCACACAGACCGGAGGCAACCAUCAGGCGUCUGAUCAUGAAACCGAAAGACCCACUGCCGCGGCUAGAAACGUCUGGAGUCGUUUAUCGGAUCUGGUGCAGUUGCGGACAAAGCAACUACGUCGGAGAAACCGGAAGACAGCUCCGAACGAGAAUGGCCGAACACGCGGCAGCGGUGCGCAGAAAUGACGCCAGCUCUCAAGUUGCGGCUCAUUCGACGAGAUCCGGCCACACAUUUAAAUUCGAUGAGGCCGAAAUUCUCGCAAGAGGUGACAACCGAGUGAGCCGGGAGCUACUGGAAUCAUGGUUUACUGGCCCCCAGUCCAUCAACAAGUGCAACGAUCUUCCCAUUCCAUACAGCGUGCUGAGACUUCGUCUAGGCGGAGUAAUUGGCCACGCGGGGGGCGCACUGGUGAACACUCUUCCCAACACCCGGGUCAACGCGUCAGAUGGUCGAGCAAUCAUCACGCCAACAUCCAACGCACGUGAUGAAAUUGCAGCAAUUAUCGACUCGAAUGUUGGCCAUCAAGCAAUGAUCACACCAAGUGUGACAAUCCUGGAUGAAGGGGGAAGCCGUGAACAUUCAUAG